CGUGGCGCAUGCGCAGCUCCUCUCCCUUCCGGGCUCCGGACGCGGUCGUGGUUGUUUGUAGGGGCUCCUCGUUCUGCUGGUCCGUCGUCGCCAUGGUGAAACUGAGCAAAGAAGCCAAACAGAGGCUGCAGCAGCUCUUCAAGGGCGGGCAGUUUGCCAUCCGCUGGGGCUUUAUUCCUCUCGUGAUUUACCUGGGAUUUACUAGGGGUGCAGAUCCUGGAAUGCCUGAACCAUCAGUUUUAAGCCUAUUUUGGGGAUAAAGUACCGCUUGUUUGGACGCAAUCCACCAUGGGAGGUGUGUGCUCCGGCUGGAGAAGAAAGGAGGCGUCAGUUCAACACAUCUGUGGCAGAGUGGAGCCUGUACUGACGUGUGAUAGACUAUCAAAGUAAAUAUUUUUAACAAUGUUA